AGUGCUGCAGCUGGUGUGAUGGUAGUGGCAGGCCAUCUGGAGCAGCCGCUGCCAUCAUUGCCUCAUUCAAAUUGAGGUUUUUCUGGGUUCUUGGUAUGACAAGUGAUUUUUUUUUUAAUUGUAUCUUGGACAUACUGGUAUUAUUAUUAUUAUUAUUUUUUUUUUGAGACGAAGUCUCUCUCUGUCACCCAGGCUGGAGUGCAGUGGCGCGAUCUCGGCUCAUUGCAAGCUCCGCCUCCCGGGUUCACGCCAUUCUCCUGCCUCAGCCUCUCCGAGUAGCUGGGACUACAGGCGCCUGCCACCACGCCCGGCUAAUUUUUUGUAUUUUUAGUAGAGACGGGGUUUCACCGUGGUCUCGAUCUCCUGACUUCGUGAUCCGCCCGCCUCGGCCUUCCAAAGUGCUGGGAUUACAAGCGUGAGCCACCACGCCCGGCCGGAUAUACUGGUAUUAUUUUAUGAUUUUCUGGAUCUUAUUGAAAUUUUAUAUUUUAGCAGGCCUCCACUGACACCUUGCUAGUGGAGGAAGGAAGGGGACACCAUCUUGGUAUUUCUUUUUUUUUUUUUGAGACAGAGUCUUGCUCUGUUGCACAGGCUGGAGUGCAGUGGCAAGAUCUUGCUUCACUGCAACCUCCGCCUCCCUGGUUCAAGAGAUUCUCCUGCCUUAGCCUUGCGAGUAGCUGGGAUUACAGAUGCCCACCACCACACCUGGCUAAUUUUUGAAGUUUUAGUAGAGAUGGGGUUUCACCAUGUUGGCCAGACUGGUCUUGAAAUCCUGACCUCAGGUGAUCCACCUGCCUCAGCCUCCCAAAAGUGCUGGGAUUACAGGCAUGAGCCACCAUGUGGAGCCUGGACACCAUCUUGUUACCACUGGGUGGAGGUGGAAGUCCACCUUCCUCCCCUAGCCUCUGCUGACAUGAGGAAAGCUGCCUCAUUUCUGCUGGGUAGGAGUAGAAAUUUAGACACCCGAUUCAGCCUCCACUGCUACCACCGGUAUAGGGAGCGGGGCACUGUUGCUGCCAGGCAGGGGUGGAAAUCUAGACACCCAGCUCAGCUUCUGUGGACACUGCAGGAAGGGAGAAUGGUGCUUCAUUAUUGCUAGGGAGGCAGCCCUCAUGUCAUGAGAAUACUCAGCCCUGUGGAGGAAAGCUGAGGCCUCCUGCUGACAGCACUGACACCAGCCAUAUGUCUCCACAGCACCUGUUGCCUUCAUUAGCAGCUUUUCCUCCUCUUCCCUGCACUCCCCAGAACCAAAGAAUGUGAAGGGGGUCCAUGGAGGGCUCACGUCCCCGCGCCCCGAGCGGCCACUUAGCGCCGUCGCCGCCGGCUUUCGACGGCGAGCUGGAUCUGCAGCGAUACUCCAACGGGCCAGCCGUGAGCGCAGGGUCGCCCGGGAUGGGAGCGGUGAGCUGGUCUGAGAGUCGUGCAGGCGAACGGCGCUUCCCCUGCCCUGUAUGCGGGAAGCGCUUCCGCUUCAACUCUAUCCUUGCUUUGCACCUGCGGGCGCACCCAGGCGCCCAGGCCUUCCAGUGCCCUCACUGCGGCCACCGCGCGGCGCAGCGGGCUCUGCUGCGCUCGCACCUGCGCACACACCAGCCCGAGCGCCCACGUAGUCCUGCUGCACGCCUGUUGCUGGAGUUGGAAGAGCGCGCGCUACUACGCGAGGCCCGACUGGGGAGAGCCCGAAGCUCAGGGGGCAUGCAGGCCACCCCUGCCACUGAGGGCUUGGCGCGGCCCCAGGCUCCUUCAUCGUUCGCCUUCCGUUGCCCCUACUGCAAAGGCAAGUUUCGCACCUCGGCGGAGCGCGAACGCCACCUGCACAUCCUGCACAGGCCCUGGAAGUGCGGCCUGUGCAGUUUCGGCUCCAGCCAGGAGGAGGAGCUGCUGCACCACAGCCUGACGGCCCACGGGGCUCCCGAGCGUCCCCUGGCGGCCACCUCCGCUGCGCCUCAGCCUCAGCCUCCACCCCAGCCCGAACCCAGAUCAGUCCCCCAGCCGGAGCCGGAGCCGGAGCCGGAGCCCGAACGUGAGGCAACCCCGACCCCAGCUCCUGCCGCUCCCGAGGAGCCCCCAGCGCCUCCGGAGUUCCGCUGCCAAGUGUGCGGCCAGAGCUUUACACAGUCUUGGUUUCUAAAGGGCCACAUGCGUAAGCACAAGGCCUCCUUCGAUCAUGCGUGUCCGGUGUGCGGCCGCUGCUUCAAGGAGCCCUGGUUCCUUAAGAACCACAUGAAGGUGCACGCCAGCAAGCUGGGCCCACUGCGUGCCCCGGGGCCUGGCUCCGGGCCUGCCCGGGCUCCCCAGCCUCCUGACCUCGGCCUGCUGGCCUAUGAGCCGUUGGGCCCAGCGCUCCUCUUGGCCCCGGCGCCCACCCCGGCCGAGCGCCGUGAGCCCCCGAGCCUCUUGGGCUACCUGAGCCUGCGAGCUGGCGAGGGCCGGCCCAACGGCGAGGGUGCUGAGCCCGGGCCCGGCCGCAGCUUCGGAGGCUUCCGCCCGCUGUCCUCUGCUCUCCCGGCCCGGGCUCGCCGGCACCGUGCGGAGGAGCCUGAGGAAGAAGAGGAGGUGGUGGAGGCCGAGGAGGAAACCUGGGCCCGGGGCAGGUCGCUGGGCCCUCUGGCUUCCUUGCACCCGCGCCCGGGUGAGGGACCGGGGCACUCUGCCUCUGCUGCUGGGGCCCAGGCAAGAUCGACCGCCACGCAGGAAGAGAAUGGGCUGUUGGUUGGAGGGACCCGGCCUGAAGGGGGCCGGGGCGCCACCGGCAAGGAUUGUCCCUUCUGCGGAAAAUCUUUCCGCUCAGCACAUCACCUCAAAGUGCAUCUGCGAGUGCACACAGGCGAGCGGCCCUACAAGUGUCCGCACUGCGACUACGCGGGCACCCAGUCCGGCUCGCUCAAGUAUCACCUACAGCGCCACCACCGGGAGCAGAGGAGCGGGGCCGGCCCCGGGCCACCCCCGGAGCCACCGCCUCCUUCCCAGCGGGGUUCCGCCCCGCAAUCUGGAGCCAAGCCGUCUCCGCAGCCUGCGACCUGGGUAGAGGGCGCCUCAAGUCCCCGGCCUCCUUCUAGCGGUGCUGGGCCCGGGUCCCGUCGGAAGCCCGCCAGCCCUGGGAGGACCCUGCGCAACGGGCGAGGCGGUGAGGCCGAACCCCUGGACCUGUCCUUGCGGGCAGGGCCGGGAGGCGAGGCCGGGCCGGGGGGUGCCCUCCACCGCUGCCUCUUCUGCCCUUUCGCCACUGGAGCCCCAGAGCUCAUGGCCUUGCACCUUCAAGUGCACCACAGCCGCCGGGCUAGGGGCCGCCGGCCACCCCAGGCUGACGCUUCCCCGCCCUAUGCCCGAGUACCAUCAGGAGAGACUCCUCCCAGUCCUUCGCAGGAAGGGGAGGAGGGCUCCGGGCUGUCCAGACCCGGAGAGGCAGGGCUGGGGGGGCAAGAACGGUAGUGAGCCCUCAGGGGCGAUUAGCUUAGUGAGCUUACCCCGCCGGAGUGGGGGAGCGCUAGUGGUAGUUGGGUAGAGAAGCCAGCAGGGGGCAGCGUGGGACCCAUAUCCCAGCCCCAGGCGGACCAGAGGUGGAAGGGGCGGCGGGCGUAGGAGGGUGGGCUGGCGGUACCCACCCAGCCCAAGGGAGUCACAGUGCCUUAGAAGUGGCAGAGGUGAGGGUCAAAGAACGGGGUCCCUGGGCUGGCAGAGAGGGUUUGUGUCCCUGUUGAGGAGCCACUCUGCCAGUCUUUGCUGGUCCAUAGGCGUGAGAGUUUAUUUUUGUACAAGGGGUGAGGGUGGGGGGCACUGUACCCUUCUAGCCCCAUCAGGGGCCCUGUAGACGUCGCUAUUUUUGGUACGAUUCCUGUCAUCCCUAUUGCAGAGUCGUGUCCCCAAUAAACAGGUGUCUUGAGGCACA